AAUUUAAUCGACAGUUGGCAACGUCCAUGGGCAAAGAUGGCUGCCACCACAGUCCUAGAUUUCGACAAAUGGCUCUCGGUCAAGUUAAAAUCGUUGAAUACCGACGAAAGUAUCUUUGGAGACUAUAUCAAAGGAAUUUUGGAAGGCGAAGAAUCUCAAGAUGAGAAAAUUGAGGCGCUUGAGGGAAUCCUGGUCGAAAUCUCUCCGACAGACGGCACGACUCAAAACGAGAUCUGUCAAGAAAUUCUGAAACAAUGGGAGUUGUGUCAGGCCGCUGCUGCUGAAGGCAAAUCGAACGAAACGGUGAGAACAGCGGUAGAUAUACAGAUAGCAAAAAUCAUGGAGCAGCAAGCCCUGUGUGUCAUCCCUCAAAAGAAGGCUUCGGAUGAAGAAAGGAAAUUGAAACAAACCAUCUUGUCCCAAUACGCUGAGGUGUCUGAUGGCGAAGGUGGGUUAGAUGAUGAUGAUGCUGGAUAUGAUGAUGAUGUGGAUGAUAGACUUCUGGCUCGCAACACCAAUGCUGAAGAUGUCAUGAAGUUGGAAAAAAUGAAAAAGGAGUCCUUACGCCAGGAGUCACAAAAGAAAAAAGAUAAAGAUAAAGAAGAUCGCGAAAAGCAAAAGCAGCUGGCAAUAGAUCGAAAAGAGAAAGAAAAAAAGCGCACCCAGAAGGGAGAAAAGAAACGAUGAUAUUCAACCUGCUGUCACGUACACUGGAAGUAUCUGCAAUCGUUAACGUUUUGUGAUUUUCGAUGUCUCGUUCAGUGGGGAAAUAGCUGACGAAAUUAAAGUAUGAUCCUUAUAAAUUAGAAUUGAAACAAGUCCUGAAUUAUGAUAUUUACACUUUUUGGUGCUUUUUUCUCUUGCUUCUCAAUUCAGCUUUAAAGUCUCUGUGCUGCAUUGACAGAAUUUUUCACUCCCCAUUUAUCUACCGUGAUGUCGAUUGUCACCUGAAUAUGUGUACUGACAAAAAUAAACACCGUUAAAGUACCUAAUC